UAUACUUGUUAGGAGUAUUAAGAGAUUGAAGACGUAGUCUCAUUGUAUAUCUGGCUGUUAAUGCUAAGGGUGGGCUAGUCCGGUAUGCGCCGAUAAUGCAUGGAAAACAUUGCCAGUAUCGUAUCAGAUGAAGACUUGUUUCCGUUUGCUCGUCACAGAUUUACUGUGUUUGCCAAGUAAUGACCAUUUGAACCCUGUAUGCUGUUCUCCCGUGCCUGCAGUCUGUCAAACUACCUCCGUUGUAUGCCAAAGUUGUUGCAUUCUUUCUCUCGCCCAGCGAUGAACCUCGCAGAUGUCAUUUCCUCUCUGAAUGAAUUUGCAUCUCUCUCAUUGGCUGAAAGUUGGGAUAAUGUGGGUCUACUUGUGGAGCCCAGCCCACCACACACAGUCAGCAACCUUUUCCUGACAAAUGACCUAACUGAAAGGGUGAUGGAGGAAGCAGUGUCCCAGAAGGCAGAUUUGAUCCUGUCGUACCACCCACCCAUAUUUAAAGCAUUAACACGUGUGACAUGGAAAACGUGGAAGGAGCGAAUUGUCAUCGCUGCACUGGAGAACAGGAUAGCAGUUUAUUCUCCUCACACAGCUUAUGAUGCUCUUCCAAAUGGUGUCAACGACUGGCUUGCAAAGAGUCUUGGUGAAUGCAUCACUGUUCCUCUGCACCCUGCAGCUGCUGUCAGUGUCUCUGGCAAAGUGUCCCACAGAGUGGAGUUCGUGGUUGAGCAGAAUCUGGAAACUAUUCUUUCGGGACUUAAAAGCAUCCAGGAGAUUUCUUACAAAACCUAUUCUGUUGUGUCUGAUGGAAAAAAUUGUACACGUGUUAGUUUAAAUUGCACUCAACGAGCCCUCAUAGAACUGGUAAACUUUCUUUCCAAAGAAGGUGUUCUUCAACAUGGCACUGACAUUAUUUCAUUACAACAGCCUCCACUACCCAACAGUGGGAUGGGACGUUUGUGUACACUGACAGAGAAAGCUUCAUUGGCAAUAGUAAUUAAUCGAAUUAAAAACCACCUGAGACUCCCUUACCUGCGAUUGGCACUAGGAGUAGGAAAAACAUUAGAUCGUCAAGUAAAGGUAGCUGCAAUAUGUGCCGGGUCUGGUGCCAGUGUUCUAAGAGGAGUACCUGCUGAUCUAUAUCUGACCGGAGAAAUGUCCCACCAUGAUAUACUAGAUGCCAAUGCACAAGGAAUAAGCAUCAUUCUAUGUGACCACAGUAACACAGAGCGGGGAUUUCUGGAAGUGUUAAAAGAAUCACUUACUGAGAGGUUUAACAAGCAAAUUAAAGUGCUUGUGUCACAGGCAGACUGUGAUCCUUUGAAAGUAGUGUAACACUGAUAUGUACAAGAACCGGCUUCUCUGAUGGAGAAAAUAUGCAACAAGAUUCUGGACUAAACAAGAAACGUUUCUUACUGGGAAGUUUCAUAGCAUCAAGGAGAUGUAGAAGCUGUGUAUCCAUAUUUUGUGACACAUGACUUGGGCUGUCUAAAUGUCUAACACUUGGUGUGCAUUUACUUUUGUAAUUAAGUAGUUAGUUUAACUGAGGUGUCUUGUGGCAUGAUUUCACAAUGAAGAUGGGUGGUGUAGCAGUUUGCAUUACUGCUUCAUUUUGCCUGAUUUUUUGGCUCCAUUCACCAGUGGGAUGCUUUUUCUGUGGAGCAUGCAUCUCCUUCAUGUGUCUGUGUGGGUUUUCAUCAGGGGUAGUAGUUCCCUUCCAGUCUCAAGGACCUGUAAAUAAGUCAAACGUAUGAUCCUCAUACUUGUCUGUAGGUAUGUGUAUGCAUGUAUGUCUUAAAGGGGACUGGGGGCUCCCAUCCAUUAUUGGUCCCAUGCCUUGGAGUCAUGACCUACCUAGAUGCAAUUUAGUUUCCAUGCUACCCUGAAUAGGACAUGGAUGAAGACAAAAUUGUGACUGGGACCAUAACGUUAGAACAAAAACUGCAGCUGGAAAAUGGUUAUAAAAUGGAUUGCAACAAUAGGCCAGUUAUCAGUGUGUUUUCAUUUUUCCUUCAAGAUGACUGUAUUCAUUGUACAAUGUAUUCACAUACUUGGCUUUUGUAAGCUUAUUUUUACUCACAAUUGCAACAGAAUAAAGCAAAAAAAUGUU